CACAAAAGGAAUUGCAUUGUUUUUUCAGGCCAGGAUGGCACUUCUGGUCCACAUUCUCGCCUGCGCCUUUGGCUUGGGCUCUUGGGUAGCCGUCAACGGCCUGUGGGUAGAGCUGCCGCUCAUCGUCAACACUCUCCCCGAGGGCUGGGAGCUGCCCUCCUACCUAACCGUCCUCAUCCAGAUGGCCAACGUGGGACCUUUGUUCAUCACGCUCAUGCACAAAGCCAGCCCAGGCCGCCUGAAUGAACGUGCCGUCAUCUACGCCAUCCUCUCCGUUGGCGUCAUGUCAUGCAUCUUGCUCACCUUCUUCUGGGACCGAACCAGUGUCGUGGCUGGCGCGUUGCACAGCACGGCCUUCUUCAUCAUCACCUUCUUCCUCUCACUAGUGGACUGCACCUCUUCUGUCACCUUCCUGCCUUUCAUGAUGCAGCUUCCAGCCGAGUACAUCACCACCUACUUUAUCGGGGAAGGGCUGAGCGGCUUUGUUCCCGGUGUCGUGGCUCUGGCCCAAGGUGUGGGCAUGGCUAAAUGUGUGAACUCUACUCAGGGGGUAGAAGGAAACCGCACACUUGGGAACAUGCGGGCCCUCCAGACAGAAUAUCUACCUGCCAAUUUUUCCACGGAGGUGUUUUUCAUCUUCCUGACAGCCAUGAUGUGCAUAAGCCUGGCUGCUUUUGUCGGCCUUAACAGGCUUCGUCUGCCAUCUGAUGAAAAUUUGAUGGAGGGCUCUGUGGCGUCGGUCUGCUCCGGCCUGGACAACCCUAUGGCAGAGAUUGAUGGAAAGGAUCGAAAAUGGCAGUACAAGGAGGGGGGACAUAUAGGGCCCCCGCCUGCUGAGCCCAAUCACUCUGUGUACCAGCUGACCUUCAUCUACAUCCUGGUAGUGUGGGUCAACGGCGCCACCAAUGGCGUGCUGCCCUCCGUGCAGACAUACUCCUGCAUGCCCUAUGGCAACCUCGCCUAUCACCUCUCGGCCGCUCUGGCUUCAGUGGCUAACCCAGUAGCGUGCACCGUUGCAAUGUUCUUUCAAAACAGGUCUCUUCUGUUUCUGGGUGUGCUGGCGCUGUUGGGGACAGGCUUUGGCAGCUAUAACAUGGCCAUGGCCGCCAUGAGCCCCUGUCCUUUACUUCAGGGCUCCAUAGCAGGAGAAGUAAUCAUUGUCCUCUCAUGGCUCCUCUUCACUGGAACUUUGUCUUAUGUCAAAGUGAUGGUAGGCGUCAUCCUGCGAGACCGUAGUCAUAGUGCUCUUGUUUGGUGUGGUGCAGCAGCUCAAGCAGGGUCACUGGUGGGCUCUGUUGUCAUGUUUCCACUGGUCAACGUCUUAAUGCUCUUCAAGGCCGGGGACUUCUGCAACACCAAAUGUCCACCCUGAGGACUAUCAUGUUGAUUCAUAGACUUGUUUGUGUAGAGUAUGGGUUUAUUUAUUUUGAUCCAAAAUGAUAGGCUCCCGCAUGCCCACAACCCCAGGGUAAGCGGAGGAAUGGAUGGAUGGAUGGAUGGAUGGAUGGAUGGAUGGAUGGAUGGAUGGAUGGAUGGAUGGAUGGAUGGAUGGAUGAAAGCUGGGUACUGCACUGGUAGCAUAAUUGGAUAAGUGAUAUUUUAGCCAUCCAUCGAAUUUGACUUGAUUUCUUUAUAUUUUAAUAAAA